AUGGCCAUACUCCUCGGUCCGGCUCAGCAGACUUUAGAGGAAUGUCGCGAAUUCUUACAGCUUGUAGAAGACAAGAGAACAAGCCUGAGCGGAUUCGGGUCCGAUUUCGAGUCAAUGGCAGACUACUUGCAGAUAAGAAGAGAUGUGAAAGAGCGCCUGGUUAGAGCACCACCACAGGGGGGCCAAUGUGAGGCGGUCGUUUGGGAUUACUACUAUGCAGACGAAUCACCCAAGGAAAUCAAGACGGCAGAGCGAAAACUGACCCUUGAAGACUACUUCUGGAAAGCAUGCUGUGUCCGAGAAUAUCCGCCACUCGGAAUCCAAGACCCAAACAACCCCAAGUUUCCAUGGCAUAGCCUGAUAAAAGCUGCUAAAACGGAUAACAAACUCCAAGGCAGCGCAAUCUAUGUUUCCAUAAGGACACGUACAGAAAAUCCUCUCGAAUUGGCAAGCGAGCUGGUAGAUUUGAAGCUUGAAGGCAUCAUGCAUUAUCCCUUUUUCGUCGAUGGCCCGCAGCGUAUCGGCAGCAAGAGCCAUGAUCAGAUGAUGGAGGCUGCAGUCAUGGAUCUUGACAGGCGGUUGGGCGAUGGUCAGAUACACAUCGAGGGCCCAGUCUUAACUGCUACACCAGCCAAGUCAGAAGGCCUGUAG